CGUCAAACUUUAUCAAAACUAUCAAAAUUCGCCUUCUACAACCAUGGCCAACAUGGAAGCGCUCCAGUUUUCUUUUAAAGAAAGAAAACUCGAACUAAAUAAAAUCCCCAUUCCAGAAGUCAGAAAUCCUUACGAUGUGCUUAUCAAAGUGGCUUAUGCCGGAAUAUGUGGCACAGACUUGCACAUUUUGGCCGGCGAAUUCCCUUGCAGACAAUCCACGGCUAUAACCCUCGGCCAUGAAAUAUGUGGCACCAUUGUGGAAGUUGGUCCAAACGUAAUACAUUUCCGAAAAGACGACCAAGUUGCAAUUGACCCCAACAGUGGUUGCAAACGUUGCACCUUUUGCCACGCUGGAAAGCCCCAUUUUUGCAAAUUGGGAUGCGGGACCAACACCAUUGGGAUAUUCAAAGAUGGCGGAUGGGCCCAAUAUGUCCUCUGUCCCGAGGAACAAGUCCACAAAUUACCACCGAAAAUGACUAUAGAGCAAGCGGUUUUGGCCGAGCCCCUUUCAUGCAUAGCCCAUGGAUGGGACAUCUCUAGCCCUCUCACCAUCGGAAAUAGGAUCCUCCUUUUGGGGGCUGGCAUAACUGGGGCUUUGUGGACCUGUGUUUUACACCUCCAUGGACACAGAAAUGUCGUUAUUUCGGAACCUAACACAAUCAGAUUGCAAAUGUUGCGCAAAUUAAAUACCGGCUACAAGAUGGUGACACCUGAACAGUUGAGAAAACAUGCGGAAAGAGACCCAGAAUGUUACAGUUUUGACGUUGUGAUUGAUUGUAGUGGCGACGUUGGGGCUAUAGAACAAGGAUUUUCCAUGAUGAAUUCUGGGGGAAAGUUAGUGGUUUAUGGGGUGGCGCCGCCGGCGAAUAAAAUAAGUAUUUCUCCGUAUGAUAUAUUUAGAAAAGAAAUCACAAUUAUGGGAGUUAGGACGAACCCUUUUACCUUUAAGAAAGCGCUAGAUUUAAUUGAGUCUCUCAGUAGCAGAUAUUUGAGUUUCACUGCGUUGGGGGUGAAGCCUUUUCUUCUCAGUGAGUACAAAGAAGCAAUUGACACGUUAAAAAAGGGCACAAUAAUGAAAGCAGUUUUCCGGAUGUGAUUCAUGGUGGUCAUGGUUGUAGAAAAAAUAAAGAAAUCAACUUUUUUUGCAUAAACUUAAUAAAAAUGCAUAAAAGUAA